AUGUGUUUUCCUAAAGAUGAGGAUAAGAUAGGAAUUAGAUGGAUGCAAGAAAUCUCAAGCACUUUGGCAAUAAAAAGAUGGUGGAGAUUUAGAACUAUCAAAUCCAUAUGGGCAGAUUUCUUAGUGGCUAAAUAUUGCAAAAGGAAACAUCCAGUGGAGAGAAAAUGGGUCCCUGGGAAUUCACAAGCAUGGAAGAAUAUUUUGUUAGCUAGAGAUAAGGCUGAAAAAUACAUAUCUUGGAGAAUCAACAAAGGAGAAUGCAAUUUCUGGUGGGAUAAUUGGCUUGGUUUUGGUCCUUUAGCUGACUACUUCUCUGAUUAUAGAACUGGUGGUGGCAACAAAGUCAUGGUCAAACACUUCCUAAUAAACCAUAGAUGGAACAUGACUAAGUUGUAUAAUAUGUUGCCUGGAGAUAUCGCUCUUCACAUUAGCACAAUUAACACUGGUCAAGAAGACAGUGACGAUUAUGCUAUAUGGGAUAAAACAGAGAAUGGUUGCUUUUCAAACACUUCUGCGUGGCACCUAACAAGAAGAUAUAGAACUAAGAUGCCUUUUUUAGAUAAUAUCUGGCAUAGUUCUAUCCCGUUUAAAAUAUCCUUUCUUACUUGGAGAUUGAUUUAUAAGAAGCUUCCCUUCAAUAAAGCAGUGGUUAAAUUUGGAAAACAAGGCUUCCCUACUUGUAUAUGCUGUACUAUUCCUGAAAAUGAUUCCAUUCAACAUGUAUUUGUGGAGGGACAAGCAGCUGAUCAUAUCUGGAGAUUUAUUGGAGCCCCUUUGGGCAUUAAUCAUCAGCAUAUUCCUAUUAAUGGCCUGCUACAACAAUGGCGGAACCAAACAGCCAAAAAUAAGACCGUAUGGAACAUUAAAACUGCUCUAAACGUUGCUGUCCCAAACAUAGACUUUGGUGGCAAUUGGAUCAGUACCUGUGCGACAGUGGAAAGAAUUAAACCAGUGCAAAAAUGUACUCCCAUAUGUUGGAAAAAUCCAAAGUCCGGUAAGCUAAAAAUCAAUACCGAUGGCAGCUUCUGCAAAACAACCAAAAGAGUUGGAAUUGGAGGGAUUAUUCGAGAUGAAGAAGGAAAACUGGUCAUGGCAUUUUCUAUUCCAGUCGAAUGUGGAAGCAGUAACCUUGCGGAAGCUUUGGCUGUCGAGUUUGGAAGCUCCUGGUGCAGAAUUAAUGGCAUAAGUGAUAUUUAA